AUGGCUUGUGCCAACAAUCGAGAAACUUUACUGGUCAUCACCCUCACUCCUUUCCCCUCCAGCUCAACCCGAAGUUCAAACCUCCUAACCACGACCCCCUCAUAUCUCCAAGCCUCACUAACCUCCCACGGGCAAAGAAACCCGCUAACCUGGACUAUCCCGUAUUCUCCAAACAGCCUCCCUAUCUUCAAAGAUAUUUCCUCAUUCCAGGGGAACGCUGUAAUCCUCGAUUCCGCGCCAUUUAAAACCACUUUUGUCCUCGGUAGGAUUGGGCAUUGUGACUUUCUCAAGGGAGGGGAAAUUCAAGUGCAUCGCUCUAAGGGAAUAUUGCAAUCAUGCUCUUUCCGUGUUUUGAAAAGUGUGCUUGAGAAGUUGGGCGUGUCGCUAUUGGCGUCGGUGCUGAAGACUUCAUUCCAAGAGGAACUUGUGCUAUAUUAUCGUGGUAGAUGUUACUUUUUCUUCUCUUGUCGCUUCUACAAAUUUUCUCGCUCAACACCUGGGUCUCCGGGAGGUAGUACACAGCACGAGCUGACAGUUAGUUCUUCAAGUUGGGGAAAGCUGCUAAAGCCCAUAAGAGUCGCAUCAUAUAUGAUAUCACCCAAGUAUGCUCUCAAACGCAGAUGGAGAGACAGACCGAGCCAGCGUUUCCAUCAGGAAGUAGUACGAUUCGACUCAGGCUUUCUAGACAAGUUACGUCUCACUUAUCAUAUACUUUUGUUUGCUUCACCUGACAGCAGGGUAACUGUCCUUUUCCCCCCGCUGAAGGCUCUGUGCCAUCUCCCCAUACAAGGGACUGUUAUCUUUUGCUAUGAUAAGUGGCACAAACACGCUCCCCCAGCCCUCACACGCGUGGAGCAAAAGUAUCAAUCGUACUACUUCCUGUUGGAAACGCUGGACCGAGCAACAAGCACUCGAUUUCGAGAAGGCAAGGCCAAGAUGAUAGAAGACCCUGCAUGUGAGACGGCUCGAAGCUCUAGAAAUAGGUCCCAUGUAACUGGAGUGCGGCGAUUGCUGACUUUUCUUGAAUUGCGGUCUCAAGGAUCUAGGGCUUGCCAAGAGAAGCAAGUUUUACAAGUCUACAAUGAUUAUGGCGUGCAGAUCUACCGAACGGAUCUUGGACAGGUCGACAGGAAGAGCGGAGAACUGGCCAAAGAGCCGAUUGUUAUUCUCUUCACUGCGUUGAGGAUAGUUUUGACAUUUGUAGAAGUCAAUACCCCUUGUACUCUAAGCUCAGAUAUUGCAGAUUCGGGAAGUCCACUUUAG